UUUACAAUCCAACUACAAUGACAUUGAGAAGGUUUGGCUUGUCUCUUGUUUUCCUCCGGCAGGAUAAAACCAUGAGGAGCACUCUGCUCUGUGAUUUGUAUACACUGUCUUGACAGCCGAGCCAGUAGAUUGUCAACUUCCUACCUCGGUCACACACACACAACGCAGGAUACGGUUGCAGGGACGGAGGGAGGCACGGAGAGCUAAAUAAAUCGCAUCGUUUUUACAGUAUGUUGGGCAACAGAAAGAAAGCAAUCCCCCAGGUGAAGAACGGAGCCGGGACGUCCGAAUUAAAGGCCAUUGAUCCUCUGCGGAAUCUGGGAGUGCAAAAUGAUGAAGAUGUGAGGCAGAUGCUGCAGGGCUCUAGUAUGGUGAAGGUUCGCUCACCUCGCUGGCAGAAGCGACGGAUUCUGAAGUUGCUGGAAGAUGGUGUCACCGUUUGGUGUCAAUCAUACAAAACAUCCAGCCGGGCCAAGGAGCAACAAUCCUUCUCCAUCAUGGAAGUGGAGUGUGUGCACGAAGGUUGCCAGUCAGAGACAUUGCGGCAGAUGGUUGGCUCAGUACCUGAAAACCAGUGUUUAACAGUGGUCUUCAAAGGGCCUCGUAAAAGCCUGGAUCUCCUCUGCCAAAGCCAAGAAGAAGCUCAGUGCUGGGCCCGUGGCAUCCGUACCCUGCAGGAGAGGAUGGACAACAUGACCCAGAAGGAGAAACUUGACCACUGGAUUCAUGCUUAUAUGAGUAGGGCUGACCGAAACCGUGACGACAAGAUGAGCUACGAAGAGGUUCAGAUGCUGCUGCAGAUGAUCAAUAUUGACUUGAACGACCAGUAUGCUCGCAACCUCUUCCAGAAAUGUGACCAGUCAGGUGACCGUCGUCUCGAUCAUGAAGAGAUUGAAGUUUUCUGCAGGGAGUUGUUACGGAGGCCAGAACUGGACAUCAUAUUCAUUCACUACUCUGCAAAUGGCUGUGUGCUUUCAGCUGUGGACCUGAGGGAUUUCCUAAAGGACCAGGGGGAGGAUGCCUCACUUGUUCAUGCCCAAAGCCUCAUACUCACCUAUGAACUUAAUGAGUGGGCCCAGAAGAACAGCUUUAUGACUCCCAAUGGUUUCACCAUGUACAUGUUGUCGAAGGAAAACUGUGUGUUUAACCCAGAACACGCUAGAGUUUACCAAGACAUGGCACACCCACUGUCGCACUACUUCAUCUCCUCGUCCCACAACACCUACCUCACUAAGGACCAGCUGACUGGGAACAGCAGCACAGAGCCUUACAUACGAGCUCUAAAACAUGGUUGUCGGUGUGUGGAGCUGGACUGUUGGGAUGGAGACAAAGGAGAACCAGUUAUCUAUCAUGGACACACACUUACUUCCAAAGUGCCCUUUGUUGAAGUAAUUGAGACUAUCAAUGAGUAUGCUUUUAAAUCCUCUCCCUACCCUCUAAUCCUGUCUUUGGAGAACCACUGCUCUCUGGAGCAGCAGAAAGUUAUGGCUAGAUAUCUGCACUCUAUUCUGGGAGACAAACUUCUAACAAAGCCUCUUGAAGGCCUGGAUUCCCACAAUUUGCCUUCUCCAGAGGCUCUUAAAGGUAAAGUCCUAGUGAAGGGGAAGAAGGAGAGGUUGGAGGAAUGCUCAUCCAGCUCUUCAGACCUCAGUUCCUCAGAUGAGGAGACCAGCCGCAUAGAAGGGAAACCCAGAAGGAAGGAGGAUAAAAAGGCAGGCGUCUCCAAGAUAACUCCGGAGCUAUCAGACCUGGUUGUGUACACUUGCAGCGUUCCCUUUAAAAGCUUCGAACAAGCUGCCAAAAGUCCAGCAACCAACAUGUCAUCUUUCUCCGAAAGUGAUGCACUCAGACAUAUUAAGGACUCAGGGGUGUAUUUUGUUCGUCACAACAGUCACCACUUGAGCAGGAUUUACCCCUCAGGCCAGCGCCUCCAUUCCUCCAACUAUAACCCUCAGGAAAUGUGGAAUGCAGGCUGUCAAAUUGUUGCUCUGAACUUCCAGACAUCUGGUGAGCAGAUGGAUUUGAACCAAGGCAGGUUUCUGCAAAAUGGUGAGUGUGGGUACAUUCUGAAACCUGCCUUCUUGUGUCAGCCUGACAGUACUUUCAAUCCUGAGAAUGUGGGAGGAGGUCCUGGCCACAGACCUGUCAUGCUCACUGUUCGGGUCAUUUCAGCUCAGCAGCUGCCUAAACCAGAAUGGGAUAAGCCCAGCUCCAUUGUGGACCCCCAAGUGUGGGUGGAGAUCCAUGGCGCUCCUAUUGACAACAAUAAGAAGAAAACACAUUAUGUUGAAAACAAUGGCUUUAAUCCACGGUGGGACUGCACCUUUAACUUUACCGUCCAUGUCCCUGACUUGGCUCUGAUCCGCUUUUUGGUGGAGGAUCAUGACUAUACUUCAAGAAAUGACUUCCUGGGACAAUUCACUCUCCCUUUCACCAGUGUCCGCACAGGUUAUCGUCAUGUCCGACUGCUCAAGAUGGAUGGAUCAAGCCUUUCACCUGCGUCACUCUUUAUACAUGUUAAGGUCACUCCCUGUCAGAAUUCCAAAUCUUCAGCAAAAUCACCAACCCACUUUCCAACCAAGAAUCCCUAAUCCCACUUCUGCCCUUCAGCCACAUGAUCAUUCCAUGGUAGUUAAUCAGAGAAAACUCAGUAGUUACAGCUUUCUCUCACAGAUGUUGCACCAGUAUCAUCAACUGAUUCAUUUUUUACAAUAGUAUUGUUUCAAAACUGUAUUUGAGAUUUGUUAAGAAGACAACAUUGUUAUGCAAUGCUAAAAGCCAAUUAGGUAAUACUAUGCAUACCAGUGACUUAUGAUACACUUAAGAUUUCAGAGCAGUCGAUUUAAGCGUCUGUUUUACCUGAAUAAUUGUAGUAAUGUCUUAUUUGUAGAAAGUUUCCCAAGUACUUUAAACUCUUAGAAGUAGGGUCGGGGUCAGAGCUGAGAACUAAGUACAAGUACUUUGUAUUAUAUACAUGCUAUUGUAGUUAAGUAGAAUUUUUAGCUCUGUUUUAGAUCUGUUUAUCUGUACGUUACUUGAGUAUUUAUUUUUCUGAGAACUUUUACUUUUGCUCCCUACAUCUUAACCGAAAUAUAUCUGUAUAUCUUUA